AUGACACAAACCCAGAACGGUACCGGGACGAACUGGAAGAAUGUUAACAACUGGCAUUGGGUUGAAAAAAACUGCAUGCCUUGGGCCAAAGAAUAUCUUACAAAAGAGUUAACUGGUACCGCGGUGGAGAGUGGAGAUUGUAAGGUUUCUGUCGAGGAAGUCCGGGAUGUGACGGGGGAUGUGGAUAUCAAUCAGCGGAAGGGAAAGGUCAUCACGAUAUUUGAUAUUGCGCUGACCCUCGGAUGGACUGGUGAGGGAUACGGUACGACCGCAUCUGGGAAAAUCGUCAUCCCAGAGUACAUGCACGACACGGACUUGGAUGAUAUAGUUUUUGAUAUAUCAUUGGAUUCUCCAAAUGCCGAUCGGGAAAAGAUUAAGGAAGUAGUGCGAAAAGAUCUGACCAAAGUUGUACGAGAAAAGCUUGGAAAGUUUGCAAAGGAUCUUGUGGAAGCGCAUCUCAAGGACGUGUACAUUGCACCGGACGAAAUGAAGGGCCACCCGGUAUUGCAGGCCUAUCAGCCCAAACCACCGGCCCCCGGUGACGCAAAACCCACUGCAUCGAAGGGGAAGGAAGGUGUGCUCGGCGGCUUGACAACCAUUAAACAAACGAUCGAGUUUGUAGCCUCAUCACAAGAUAUCUAUGAAACGCUCUUGGACAAACAGCGGGUUCAAGCUUGGACACGAGGCAAAGCAGAUAUCUCCCGCGAAAUUGGAUCUGUGUUCAAUUUCUUUGAUGGCAAUAUCAGUGGUACCAUCGCCGAGCUGGUGCCUAACAAAAAGAUUGUACAAAAGUGGCGAUUGAAGACUUGGCCGGCUGGUCAUUACUCAACGGUCACUUUGGAUCUGAACGAGGGACGUGACAAUACGAUUCUGAAGCUCACCCAAAGCGAUGUUCCGGUUGGUGAGAAGGAUAUUACAGAGAAUAACUGGAAAAACUACUACUGGAACCCCAUUAAGGCGGCGUUUGGGGUCAAAGCAUCCAGAGCGUCAAGCGCCAAAGCAAAAGGAUCACCAGCUCCACCCACAAAGAAGCAAAGGUUGGACGAAAAUGCUGCAGACACACCCGGCUCGAGCCCGCCCUCGACGCCUGUCCAAACCGGAAAGGCUUCAGCAGCGGAGAUCCAGGCAAUGGACGUCAACUCUUUCCAUAAACCGUUCAAAAACCCGCGUUAUGCAGCACCGAAAUCAGUCAAAAAGUUGAAACAGCUUGCGUCUGCGGAUAAAGCUUUGGAUAUCCCGAUGGAUGUGCCUACGUACUGGAACAUUGAAGCACCACCCUCUUUCCUUCCUCAAAAAAAGUAUUGUGAUGUUACGGGAUUGGAGGCACCGUAUACGGAUCCGAAAACGAGAUUACGAUACCAUAAUGCGGACGUAUACCAGUUCAUACGAAGCUUACAACCACAUCACAUACAAACAUACCUUGAGCUUCGCAACGCCGCUGUAAAUCUACGAUGA